AUGUCCGAAUCUCUGGUGCCCAAGGUCGUGGGGGUGGCCUCGGUGCUUAUUGCCAUCACCACACUCUCUGUUUUGAUUCGAUUCUUCGUCCGCGGCUGUCUGUUGAGGAAGCUAGAUUGGGAUGACGGACUGGUCUUCGUCAGCUACUGCCUCACCAUGGUCUUUUGCAGCAUGGUCCUUGCCAGUGAGCACCCCCGACUCGAAUUCGACAUGGGAAUGUUCUGGCUGACCGAUCGCACAGUGACCAAAGUUGGGUUUGGAUCUCAUCAGUACGAUCUUUCCGACGCUGAUGUGGAGCGAUUCUUCAAAUUUGUCGUCAAGUUCUUGACCGACGUUGUGCUCUUCGUGCAACCGAUUCCCGUGAUUUGGAGAAUGCAACUCUCCAAGAUUAAGAGGAUCGGCGCCAUCCUCAUGCUAUCCAUCGGGCUCUUGUAUGUUCUUGCUCUGAGCAUCACCUCUGGCGGGAGGCUGACCGGGUGCAGUGUCUGUGUCAUUUCCAUUGUGCGCGUCUCCUACAUCGGGGCCAUCGGCCGUGAUUUCACCUAUGGCAUCGUCAACCCCAUGUUGUGGUCGAUGGUCGAAGUCUCGUCCCUCAUCGCCUGUUCCUGCGUGCCGUCACUGCGGCCGUUCCUGCGUUGCUUCCCGGCCAUCGACCGCGCGCUCGGCUUGACGUCAGAGAGGGAACUGCGGUCACCGUACAAGAUGGGGCGGUCGCCCAACGCAAACUCGCUGCCGCUGUCGCAGCGGAGCAAAUACAACCGGCCGAGGACGGGGGUGCAGAAGCCGGUCCAGUUUGGGCUCCAGAUGGGGUCCGGGUCCGCCGUCUCGCGGUCGGCCAGCUCGGAGGCGACGAGGACGUCGGCCGAUCAGGGGCACGGGGGCAUCACAGACACGGCGGGGGUCGAGGUCGUCGUGGAGAUGAUCGAGGAUGCGCAUCUGGCGGCCGGGUGGCGGUCGCCUGGGGCCGGCGGGGAUGAGGUCGAGCUGGUUGGGGCGUUGCAGGAUGAUACCCGCGAUUCGUUGGAGUUUCGCCACAGGGACACGAGCUGGUUGUCGAUGCGGCUUUGA